GACCCACCGCGUCACUCUGCGUCAUUUUGCCGGGAAUGUGGGACCACGUGUCCGGAGCCGGCGUGCUUGUUGCUCAGCUCGAGCUCCUCGCUACUUUUCAGGGAGUAGACCUGCAAGAUGGCGGCGCGGUGGGGCGCAGGCGAGGAGACUUUAACCGCGUGCAAUAUGGACUUUUUCCAAAUGGAUACACUAGACGAGACUGCAGGGCAGAGCUCUGACAACACUCUGGAAGCCCUGCAGAGCUGCUUAGACCCCUCCAUUCUCUCCAUCUUUGAAGACACACCAACAGUAGAGACUAAAGGUCUAGACGACGAGAGUGAAGCGACGCUGCUAACCGCCCUGACGGAGAUCCUUGACAACGUGGAUGAGGAGAACCUGUCCCCGUUUGACACGCUGCCCGAUGCAGAGCUGCUGUCGGGUCAGAAAGGGAGGGAACUUUCUCCGCUCAGGAGAUUGCUGUGUCUGUCCCGUUCUCCCCCUGAGAAAGACGCACUAUGUGGCAGAACUUUCUCAACUGGAAAGAGUCUCCCAAGAAUACAGGGUAAAUCUCUCCAGAGGAGUGAUGGAGAGGAAGAGGAAGAUGGCUCCUUCACCCUGAGCCCCAUCAAGCUUGAUUCAUGCCCCGACACAGAGCUCCUGGACUGGGAGGGCCUGGCCCUGCCGCUGCCCGCCGCGGCCGAGCAGGAGGACGAAGGUCUUUCAGUGAGCCUGGGGGACUUGGUCCGGCACAUGCAUCCAUACUGUAUGGCUAUUUGUGUGGAGAACGAGGAAGGGGAGCAGAUGUUACCUGAGGGAGGCAUAGUGCUGGAGGUGGUGGACCAGGGGGAAAACGGAGAGCCCAUCCUGGCCAUUCCAGAUAUGAAUCUCCCGUUUUCCUUGCCGCCUAAUGAGCUGCCCCCUGAAAAUAACCACAACGUUUUGGAUAAUGAAGACAGUUCAGAACUUAUAGUUGUUGAUGAUGAUUUGAAGGUCGGUGAGGCGCCGCUGAAAAUUGUUACCCCUGUGACAGCAGAGCCGUGUUCAGAUGAUAAAGAUGGAAUGAUUGUAAAGAGUCAAAAGGAAGAGAUGAGAAAAGAAAGGGCCUCCUGGAAGAAGAAGAAAAAGAAAUGCAAAGAGCAGCUCCAGCCUGAUCCUGUGGAGGGAAGAGUCCUGAGGAGUGCGAGGCGGGCUGCACAGAAGACAACCAAUAAGACUGAAGCUGAGCCAAAAAAAGCAGAGAAGGAACGUAAAGUCUCCAAGACACCUGUGGCAUCACCUCCAGUUCCAGUCAAACCCAAACAACGGGAGCAUCACCAAACUCUAGUCCCAGCUGAAUCAACCACUACAGCUCUGUCAUCUAAAAUUACUGCGACUGAAUCUCCCGCGCAGGACGAAAGACCAUUAUGUGCCGAGAACAGUCCAGCCCCAGCAGGAAGCUCCCAGCUGCCCGAUGAAAUGUUAAAGCAGGCAUCCCUCGUCGAGGCUCCUGCGCCUCCUGCCGUUGCCGUCUCCCCAGCGUCUUCAGAGAGUCCUAAAGCUGCUGCGAGCUGUGAACCCCCCCAGACGACCCCUCCUGUGAGUGAGGUCCUCCCUGCCGAGGCCCCGGCAGUCGCAGAACCCAAACCCAAAUCGCUCAGUUUGGAGGAGUACAGACGACUGCGGCAGCAGAAGAAGCCUGCCCCGGUAGAGAAAACUCUCGCCAACGGUACGAAGUGGCCCAGCCUUCCCGAGCUGCCCAGAGAGCUGACCCCCAUUCCCUGCCUGCCCACCCCCAGCCCCAAGGAUCCCAGGCGGAGCAAUCCCCACGCAGCCAAGAAAAGCACCGAGGAGGUCAGACCCGCCUGGCACCCGAGGGGCCCGGCGGCACCGCCCACCCCCGAGGCGCUGCUCGUGCCUCCAGCCUACAUGGUUGCUUCAUCCAGCAGAAGUUCAGCUCCCGCCCCCGCCCCCGCACCAUCCAGAUCACCCCAGCAGUCUUCAGUACCCGGCCCCGAUUCGGUGAAGAAUUCAACCACGAGUCAGUCUGCAGGGCCCGAGAGCUGCGGGCCGUCUGUGAAACCUGCCUCUCAGCCCCUGUCUUCUGCAGAAAGCACCCACACUGAUCUCUCAGGUGGAAAGACUGCACUCAUUAAAACCUCCCAAUCGCAGUCUGUACCUUCUAAGUCUACUGAGAGCGUUGAGACGUGUCAGAAAACCACUACAGGGAUCAAACCUGCUGCUGCUGCUGGAUCUCCCGCCAGUCACUCAGAGAAGACCACCGUCGUCCCACCGGGGGUGUCUGAGGCCGCAAAGACGGCGUCUCUACACAGCCCUGUCAUAUCUGACAGCAAGUCCAGUAAACCCACUUCCAGCGCCCCCCUGCUGUGCUCCUCGUCGUGUGACCCUCAGAGAAUGAAGGAAAAACCUGUUGUGCUUGAAACUAAAGAGAAACCCACUACAGCCCUGAAGCCUGGACGAGCCCGGGACCCCACACAGGAGCUUAUUGAAGCAUUCACCAGUGAAAUAGGUAUCGAAGCUGCUGAUUUAACCAGUUUACUGGAGCAGUUUGAAGAGACCCAAGCCAAAGAGGAGCAAUGUGUACCGGAGGUCUCUGGUAGAGCAGCUGCUGUAGGAAACUCGAGCGUUGAACCAGUUCCUGAGAAAUCAGUCGUGGAGCGCGUGCGAGCUAAUGAAUUCUUAAGUACUGCAGCUCUGACUCCUCCAGCCACUCCUCCCCACCAAAUGUGGAAGCCUCUGGCUCCGAUGGCCCUCCUGGGAAAGAACAAGAUCACCGAAGUAUCAAAGUCGGCCCCUUCCAAGGUCAUCCAGAUCGAAGCCCGGCCCUUGCCCUCGAUCAAGUCCCGUAGUAAACCCACGCCCGCAGCCGCUCCUGUGGACGCCAGCGUGGCCUGUAUGGAUCAUGAUUACUGCCUUUCAAGCAAAGGUGGUAUGGCGGGAGAGCCCGGGAAGCGCUGGAAUGUUAAACAGCAGUCUUUUAUCACGAUCAAACCCAUCACGCCGCACGCCGUCGCCACUGCGCAACCAGUUUCAGCUGCUCCUGCAUCGCCGCCUCCGGCUGCCACAAAUCCUCCACAACCAGCCAAAACCACACCGGCUCAGGAGAACGGCGCCAGCGUCAAGAUGGAGGAGAACUCCAUACUGGAGACUCCCGACGCUUCUCCCGCUCGACAGGAGACCGAAUCCACGUUCAGGGAGCGGAGUCCCAGGAGAAGGCAUUUCGAGAGGUCGUACCGUCACCACGCGUCCUCCAACUCCCCCAGCCCCACGCCAAGUCCCAAAGAGAGGACCGGAGGGCGAUCUGGAAAGAGGAAAUCACACCGUUCCCCCAGCCCCAUGUCCAGCUGCUCAGAGUCGGACUCCAGCUCUUCCAGAUCUCGCUCGAGAUCAUUUUCUCCUAGAAAGAAAAGGUACCGCCGGCGCCGAUCAGAGAGCAGCUCCCGCUCCUCUUCAUGCUCCUCCACCAGGUCUCACGACUCCGUGUCCCGCUCCCCUCCCAGGAGGAGGAGAUACUCCUAUUCCUCUUCUCGUUCUGGCUCUUGGAGCCUCUCAAGGUCACGCUCUCGAUCCCCUCAACGACGAUCACAGUGCAAUAGAAGCAGAAACUUGUACAGCCCUACAUAUAGGUCCUACUGCAGUCAAGGUACGAAGUCCAAUGGGGAAGAGGUGAAAAGACGCAAGGAGAAAGCCAUUGAGGAGCGCAGAGUUGUUUACGUGGGUCGGAUUCGGGGAACCAUGACCCAGAAAGAACUGAAGGAGCGCUUCUCCUACUUUGGCGAAAUUGAGGAAUGUACCCUGCACUUUCGAGAUCAGGGGGACAACUAUGGGUUCGUCACUUACUACGACAAAAAGGCUGCUUUCACGGCCAUCGAGAAUGGGGGCAAGCUGCGCAAACCGGACGAGCUCCCGUUCGAUCUCUGUUUUGGUGGAAGGAGACAGUUCUGUCAGUCCAGCUAUGCUGACUUGGAUUCGAAUAGAGAGUACGAUCCGCUGCCUGGGAAAGGCAAGUAUCAUGCACUAGACUUCGACACUUUACUGAAACAGGCCCAGCAGAAUUUGAAGAGGUAACAGGAGGCCUGCAGCAGAACUCAGCUGACCAUUACCUCAGAGCCGGCGGUGGGCUCCUCCCCCUGCAACACUUUUUACAUUUUAGUUGUUGCAUUUUUUUUGUUUUGUUUUUUUUCCUUUUACUGCAUGUUUCAUCAUUUGUUUCCCACAAGCUAACACCUUCUAUUGAAGUGAAGAUUUAUAAUGAAACUAAGCAAAAGAAGUUAUAAAAAAAAAGAUAAAUAUGGGAAGUAAUUUUUUUUAAAGCUAUUUAAAUGUAAAAUACAUUUGAAUUGUAUGGACAGAGAAUAAUUUUUAAAAUGGAUGAAAUUGAAGUCCCUGAUUGCUGGGAGAUUGUAUUGUAUCAU